AUGCCUGUUUCGUGCGCUGCAUGCGCAAACAGGUAUAAAGUUGGACAGAAUAUACAUUUCUUUCGAUUUCCCAUUUCUAAAAACGAAUUGAUGACAAAAUGGUUAAGUGCCAUGAGGAGUAAACAAUUUGAAGCAAGUCAAUGGAGUCGAUUAUGCAGUGUUCAUUUUACUGAACAAGACUUUCAAGUUAGACCUGGAGCACAACGAUUACUAUUAAAAGACAAUGCAGUUCCAUCAAUAUUUCCAUCUCAUCCGUCCUACCUUCAAAAACCAAAUAAAAUUCCUAGGAAAACCCCUACACUAAGGGACACUUGUAGUAAAGAUGUAACUGUAGUUAAAUUAGAAAACAACGUACAUCAAUGUGACGACAUGCAUUCAAUUAGUAAUUUUAAGAGUGUGGAAAUACAAACUGAAACCUCUCAUGCAAAUGAAGAAAUGCGUAAAAAGAAAAUUAAAAUACUACAGCAAAAACUACGAAGGAGAGAUAAGAAAAUUGAAAAAUUAGUAAAAAGUGUAAAAAAUAUCGGACACAGUAAAUUGUCAAAUGAAAAGCAAGAUAUACAAAGCCUGCAUUUAGAUGAUGUAAAAAUUGUGUUUGAAGAAACAAAUGAAAAUUGCAAAUCAGAUAACACUAAUCUUAAUCUGGGCGGUAUUUGCCAAGAUUUAAGUAAUUGCGAUGAUUUUGAAGCAACGAUAAAACAGUUUGAUGGGUGUCUUGAUAAAAUGAAACGUGCUUUUGAUUCAGACAAAGCAUACUUUCUACCAGCUAUAAAAAGUUUUGUAAAAUCAAUGGAAAAUAAUGUAAAAACGCACGCAGGACUUUGUUCAGCUAUGGAGAAUUUUGGUAAGUACUCCCAAGAGUUAAACCCCAAAUUGAACAAUUCAAAAUCAAUAGGUAAUAAAAGAAUUGGAACCCAGACCACUGCAAGGACUAGACAAAAAACACAAACAGGAAGAAGAAACAAUUUGACAGCUGGAAGAACACCGAACUGGAGACGAGUACCAGAACACGGUUACGCAAUGAGAAUAGGUUCAAAUAGGUCACCUCAAAAGAAACAUAAAACUCCUCAUUCCUUAACACGCUGUAUAGAUAUAAAUUAA